GGUCCAUGGUGGCACUUUGGGGGUGGCGGGGGGGGGAUCUGUCACCGCUGUCCCCUCCCCAGCCACCGGCGACCUGUGCCCCACGGAGGAGAACCUCUACGAGCCCCUGGACCCUGCCAUCGCCGUCCCCGACCCCCCCGGGACGCCGUGGGGGAGGGUGGGAGCAAACCAGGCACCCCUUAAAACCAGUGCCCCCCAGUUUAGCCCCGAGGGGGGGUCGGGGGUCACUCACCCAGCACUCCCAGUAUGGGGGAGCUCCUCCAGGAAGAAGGUGCUGCUGGUGGGGAUGGUGGCCCUGGGGGUCUCGCUGCUGGUCAACGUCCUCCUGCUGGCCCUGGGCUCCCGGCACGUUGCAGCCCUGACGGCGGCGCUGGAGGCCGAGAGGUCCAAGGAGCUACCAGACAUGGCCUCCCAGUCCUUCCAGUUGUACAACGAAGCCCACGACAUGUGCGUGGAGACCAGGGGACAAGACCUGACGGUGACAACCUGCCAACCCCAGGAGGUGGCCCAACGCUUCCAAUGGUUGCCGGGGGGUCGCCUACGGGGUUGGGGGGCCCAGCGGUGCGUUACGGCCACCAGUAGCCAAAACCUGGCCCUGGUGAGACUGGAAAGGUGCCGGGAGGAUACUGGUCUGCAGCGGUGGGAGUGCGGGGCCGGCGGGUUGUUGGCCUUGGCCGGUUUCAAGUUGUAUUUUAAUUAUGGCAACAACCGGCUGAAAACGGUGAUGCUUUAUUCCGGAGACCGGGAAUGGAGCCGCUGGGUCAUCCCCGGGAGCAAGGAAACCCUCUGUUCCCGCUCUGUCUGUUCCCCUUGUCCCAAAGGCUGGAGUUAUUUUGGGAAUUCCUGCUAUUUUUACUCCAAAACGGCCAGUUCUUGGGAAAACGCCCGGCACUUCUGCUCGGCCCUGGGCACGGAGCUCCUGGAGGUGGAGGGGGCCAAGGAGAGGACCCCCAAAUGCCCCCCAUGA